UGCUGAGGCAGACUCGGAGCUGAACUCACUCCACAUUUAACGGAGGGCUGUCAGCGCUGCGCGGAGCUACUGAGCGAGUGUGUGUGUUUGAUGGGGAAAGCGCUUUUAAUCCCCUGAACUUUUCGAGAAUAAAAGAAGAAACCCCGGGGAGCGGACCGUGGCACAUGGAAACGCUAUGCAGCUGGAGAGACGGAGGUGGACUUUAUCGUAGUUUCACUCAAGAGGAGGCUAAGUGAGGCGAGAUAAACAUGCUCACCCCGAUGCUGGCCUCCUUGCUGCCGCUUUUCCUUCUCUUUAGGAUUUCUUUCUGCCAAUACUCAAGCGACCAGUGCAGCUGGAAGGGCAGCGGUCUGACCCAUGAAGGCCACACCAGGGAUGUGGAGCAGGUGUACCUACGUUGCUCCCAAGGCUCUCUGGAAUGGCUUUAUCCCACAGGGGCCAUCAUCGUCAACCUCCGACCCAACAUGGUCUCUCCCGCCGCCGCUCGGCUCUCUGUCUGCAUUAAACCCUCCGCCGAGUCCAGCGGCACCAACAUCUACCUGGACCGCAACGGCAAGCUGAGGUUACUGCUGCCUGAGCAGGACCAGGCUCAGGGCAAGGUGCACUGCUUCGGCAUUCAGGAAGGGGCGCUCUUUAUUGAGGCUGUCCCCCACAUGGACAUCAGUCGGCGGAUUACGGCGUUCCAGUACGAGCUGGUCAGCGACAGGCACAAGGCGGGGCCGCACUUGCUCGUCGCGUCCUGUCAGCCCUGCAGUGACACUGAAGUGCUUCUAGCUGUCUGCACAAGUGACUUUGUGGCACGAGGCAGCAUUAGGAAGGUGGAUCAGGAGGAGGAGCACUCAUCUGUCACUGUGGAGAUCAGUCGCCUUUACAGACAGAAAACCCAGGUCUUUGUAUCUGGGGGUGUGAGGGUACGGAGCUGGACUGGCUGUAUCAAAAUGCCCCUUCAGUGUGGGGUGAGGUCCGGUGAGGGGGAGUUUUUGUUCACUGGGGCCGUGAGGUUUGGGGAAGCCUGGAUGGGCUGCGCGCCACGCUACAAAGACUUUCUGCGGUUGUAUCAUGAGGCACAGCAGCAGGGCACAAACCCCUGUCACGUGGACACUAACUGAGCAGGUCAUCUGCCCACAUUUGGAGAUGGGACAAGCCCUCAGUAACUGAGGAGACUGGCCCAGUGGCCCAGAGCCCCUCUCCUCUCCUGCUGCGCCGUGACUCUUUGGAGACAAUGGCUGGAGCUGCUGGAUGUUGCCAAGCAGCGUGCUAGCCGAACGCCGGUGAUGCAACGUGGAAUGUGUUCAGACCGCCUUUCUCACGCACGAGGAAUCGCAAACUUUUAAAUGUAGCAGACCCCAUUUGGUUUUUAUGUGUAUAAAAUGUGAAUGAAUAUUGUACAUUUUGAAGCUCUGUGUGCUUUGUUCAAAAUCAAAACAAAAACAAAAAAACGUGAUGUACAGUUCUGAAUUUAUUUCCUAUGACAGAUGUAUAAAAUGAAAGACUCUUAUUUUGUUUAAAAACGUAUUGCAGUUUAAAACCUGAGUUAUUUUUUUCAGGUUGUACAAUUGUUUAAAAAAAAAAAAAGAAACCAAAAAGUUUUUUUUUUGUUUUGUCACUGAGAAGAAUAAAAACUUUUAUUCCCAUG